CGAAACCAUUAGGUUAGAACUUUAGCGAAACAUCAAGUCAGGGAAUCUGAAUGAAACUGUCGGAGUUCUCGCAUUUUGAUUGGAUAUCUAGCUAAGGGACAGGGAGAGAAGGCGGAAGAAGGCGGAGCAUGGCGGAGUCGAGAAUGACUAUCGGGGUCGGCACAGGUCGACACGGGCCUCUAUAUUCUCUUGGCAAACAACACCAUUCUAUCGUCGGGGUAUCGUCAUUCUACAUGGUAGAUGAUUACUACGUAGGAUCACAUGCGGUGCCAUGCCACUAACUUAGACGCGGAUCCUAUUUCGAGAGAACUUGACCCGAUGAUGUGGACUUCGAAUCAAGUACGAUACUGGGUCUUCGAUCAUGCCCAGAAGAGCCCCAUGGCCGGCCACGAUCAUAUCAGUCGUAUCAAUCGUGUAGAAGACGCCUCGGGUCAAUGAAUGACCGAAUUGACUUCUUGUUCCUGCCUUAUCAAGGGCUUUCUGGUCCCAGCAGAUCAGCAGCCACAUAUACACACAAACAUAAACAUCAUGAAUGGCCUUUACCGCGAGAAUGGUUGGUUCGGCAAAGAGCCGUGGUGGAAAGAUGCUACAUUCUACCAAGUCUAUCCGGCGAGCUUCAAAGACUCCGAUGGAGAUGGCUGGGGGGAUAUCCCUGGCCUUAUCUCUAAAAUCGAUUAUCUUCAUAAGCUCGGUGUCGACGUCGUGUGGUUAUCGCCGGUUUUCGAGAGCCCGCAAGCCGAUAUGGGCUACGACGUGUCGGACUACCAGAAAAUCUACGCGCCGUACGGAACCAUUGACGACGUCGAUGCACUUAUAGAAGCGUGUCAUUCCAGAGAUAUGAAGUUGAUCCUUGACCUGGUAGUGAACCAUACUUCUGUCGAGCACGAAUGGUUCAAGGAAUCCCGAUCGUCGAAGACCAACCCGAAGAGGGAUUGGUACAUCUGGAAACCGGCGCGGUACGACGCGCAGGGCCAGCGGAUCCCGCCGACAAACUGGCGAGGGUAUUUCGCUAGUUCUACCUGGACUUGGGACGAAAAUACCGAGGAAUAUUACCUGCAUCUCUAUGCGCCCGAGCAGCCAGACCUUAACUGGGAAUCGGAAGCGUGCCGGGAAGCGAUAUACGAGAACACCAUGCGAUUUUGGCUCGAACGCGGCGCGGAUGGGUUCAGGAUUGAUACCGUCAAUAAAUACAGCAAGCGCACCGAAUAUAUCGAUGCGCCGGUCACCGAUUCGAACUCGUCGUGUCAACCAGCGCCGGAAAUGUGGUGCAAUGGGCCGCGGAUCCACGAGUUUAUUCACGAGAUGCGGGCUAAGGCGCUCGAACCAUACGGAGCGGUCUCCGUCGGCGAGCUAUCGAAUACGCCACACCCCAGCCAGGUCUUGCCGUACGUGUCGGCGGCGGCCGGGGAACUUGAUAUGGUUUUCGAGUUUUCCAUGAUUCGCUUGGGAACCGGUGGCAUGUUCGGCCCAAAAUACAUAUAUGUGCCGUUCACUCUGCCGCAGAUGAAAGCCAUCGUAGCGAAAUGGCAGACUUUUAUCGAAGGCACUGACGGGUGGACGACCGUAUUCUGCGAGAACCACGAUAAUGGGCGGGCGGUGAGCCGAUUUGGCGACUGCUCAACCCCUGAGCUGUGGCGAGCAAGCGCAAAAACUCUCGCGCUAUGGCAAGCGACAUUGACGGGGACGCUUUUUCUCUACCAGGGCCAGGAAAUCGGCAUGACGAAUAUGCCGGCUACGUGGGGCAUCGACGAAUACAAGGACGUAGAAAGCCUCAAUUUCUACACCGAGGCGUUGGCCUCGGGGGACGAGAAGGCAAUCGUAGACACAAUGCACGGUCUACGCAUCCUAGCCCGCGAUCACUCGCGAAUUCCGUUUCAGUGGGACGACUCUCCUAAUGCAGGAUUCGCGGACGAAGGUGUGAAGACGUGGAUGCGAGUCCACGACGACUAUCAAGAAAUCAACGCCGCGAAGCAAAUGGUAGAUCCGGAUUCGAUCUUGAAUUUUUAUAGACAGAUCCUACAACUGCGGAAGGAAUAUAAGGAUCUAUUUGUCUUUGGGACAUUUCGAUUGUUGAAAGCCGAAGACGAGGCGAUCUUCGCGUAUGUAAAGGAGAGUUCCCUUACGAUUCAGGAUACGCGACUGCGGACGAACGGCUGUACUUCCAACGGCCAUGUGGGAAAGAAAAGAGCUGCAUUGGUCGUUCUAAAUUUUUCAAAUAGUGAUCAAGACUGCUUAGAUGUUAGGGGCAUGCUAGGCUGUGGUGUUGGAGACAUCGCAAGACUUCUAGUUAGUACGCGACAUGAGCUUCAUGGGCUUCGUGAGUUUGAUGGUGAGGGGGGGAAGCUUAGGAGUGAUACCGUGCUAUCAACUUUGAAACCGUGGGAAGGACGUGUUUAUGUCAACUUUAACUAGAUCUUCUGUCUAGAGUGAUAUCCUAAGCAACAAUUGAGAAUAAGACAGAAGUAGCAACAUUGAAAGAAAGAGAAUUACAUUUGAGUAACACAUGUGACUUACCCAGUUACCCCGUAUUCUGUACAGAUAAAUGCAAAUCCGAUGAAAUAUGUUCCAAAA